UCUAAAGAGAGACAACAUGCCUGAGACACUGAAAGCCCCCGCAGUGAAGGCGCCCAAGAAGGGCACAAAGAAAGCCGUUUCUAAAGCCACCAAGACCGGCAAGAAGAGGCGCAAGUCCCGGAAGGAGAGCUACGCCAUCUACGUGUACAAGGUGAUGAAGCAGGUUCACCCCGACACCGGCAUCUCCUCCAAGGCCAUGGGCAUCAUGAACUGCUUCGUGAGCGACAUCUUUGAGCGCAUCGCCGGUGAGGCCUCUCGUCUGGCUCACUACAACAAGCGCUCCACCAUCACCUCCCGGGAGAUCCAGACCGCCGUCCGCCUGCUGCUCCCCGGGGAGCUGGCGAAGCACGCGGUGUCUGAGGGCACCAAGGCCGUGACCAAGUACACGAGCUCCAAGUAAACUCUGUUCACCACCAACACAAAGGCUCUUUUAAGAGCCACACACUGAAUCUACUGAGAGCUCGUUCCUGUCAUGUGUUACCGAGUAUAUUUGUAUAAUGAAACAACGCAGUGUACAUUAUGAUGACAGGAGUGUUCACUUCAGGUUCAUGACAACAUUAUGAUAACGUGUGUGUGACCGGUGGGCUCCUCAGGUACCACACACACUAUUCCUGCCACUGAUUGAUCUCAGGAAAACAACUUAUUUGAAGGUGCAUCACGACCUGUUUUUAAUUCUUCGACUAUUUUGCAGUUAUUUUACAGAAUAUAAGAAUUUCGUUUGUUUUUAAAAACAAUUAUUUUACUUUCUUGGGCUGCGUAAGUACUAUAUAAAGCUAGACAAUGAAUUAAUUUAGUAAGAACCAUCAUAACGGUGAGCUGUAGAAGAACGAGUGGUCCACUCAUAAAUUAAGUUU